AUUCCAACUGUUAACCACACAGCAUCAACAUGUACGCUAAGUUGUUCAUCACCAUCUGCGCCUUCGGCCUGGCUUCAGCCGGCAACCUGCUGCACUCGGCCCCCGUGGCCUACGCCGCCGCUCCCGUGGCGCACUACUCGGCCGCCCCCGUCGCCACCUACAGUGCCGCCCCAGUAGCCCACUAUGCCGCUGCCCCAGUCGCCCACUAUGCCGCCGCCCCCGUCGCCACCUACGCCGCCGCUCCCGUCGUGACCAAGACCAUCACCCCCGCCGUGUCUGCAGUCUCUUCCUACUCCUCUCACACCUCCCACGGCUCUCCAGUAGCCCACUACUCUGCCGCCCCAGUAGCCCACUACGCCGCCCCCGUGGUGACCAAGUCCGUGGCGCCCGUCUCCUACCAGUCCAUCUCCAGCCACUCUGCGCCCGUCGCCUACGCGUCGUACGCUCCCGCCGCGCCCGCCUACACCUCCGUCGUCACUAAGAGCGUCGCUCCCGCGUACGCCGCGUACGCCGCCCCCGUCGUGGCUAAGAGCUACGCCGCCCCCGCGGCUCACUACGCCGCCCCCGUGGCUCACUACGCCGCCCCCGCGGCUCACUACGCCUCCCCCGUGGCUCACUACGCCUCCCCUGUGGCUCACUACGCCGCCGCUGCGCCGGUGCUCAAGGCCGUCUCCUACUCGGCCGCGCCCGCCGUGUCGCACGUCUCCUACUCCUCGCUCGGCGCUAGCUACGGCUGGUGAACAGUCAACAACCAGAGUGAUACUAGUCAAAGAAUGUUUUAAAAGAAACGAUAUUUAAUUAUGUAAAUAUUUAUUGAAUAAAUAAAUGAUUUGAUACUUAA